UGGCCACCCUUCCAGCCGCGGCGGACGUCGCGCGAGCCAAUCCCUAUCAUGUCUUCGCCUCCAUCCUUCUCAUAUCAAUGAUCACUAUAAUAGCUUUCUUUAUUCGUCAGCGGAAUCCCGAAGGACUUCCUUUACCCCCAGGACCAAAAGGCUAUGCGAUCAUUGGGAAUCUGUUCGAUAUACCAACAGAUAAGCCUUGGUUAGUGUUCCACGAAUGGUCCAAAAUUUAUGGCGACAUGGUCUACUUCAAGGUGUUCGGCCAGUCUUUCCUUGUCCUGCACAGCUUUCCAAGGACCCGUGACCUUUUUGACAAAAGGUCAUUCAACUAUUCUGACAGACCGCGUCUACCAAUGUUGGUUGAACUGAUGGGCUGGGACUACAACUUGGCUUUCAUGCCAUAUAGAACAUUGUGGCGUCGACACCGUCAAUUCUUCCGCGAACAUUUCCAUACAGAUGCAAUUCCAAAAUACAGCGACGUCCAAACUCUUGCUGUCAGGAGCUUUCUUAAGCGCCUCCUGCUCUCGCCAGAGAAUCUCAAAGAGCACAUCAGGCAGCUUCUCGCAGACGCCCUGUUGAACAUAAUAUACGGAAUCAAGAUAAAAGAAUCCAACGAUCCCUACGUCCAUAUGAUUGACGAGGCGUUGACUGGGAUCAACGAGGCUGGGAUUCCCGGAAAUUUUCUAGUCGACCAAAUUCCACUCUUGAAGUAUGUUCCGGCCUGGUUUCCUGGAGCAAGCUUCAAGCGAAAGGCUGCCCACUGGCGUAAGGCAACUGUCGACUCAGCGCGUGUUCCUUUUCGGUUCGUGAAAGAGCAGGUGGCCAGCGGAGUAGCGCCACCUUCCAUUGUUUCCGACGCUCUCAGUCACUUGUCGAAUAAGGAUGAAUUCCUGCGAGCUGAAGAGGAGAACAUCCUGGAAGGUGCAGCUUCUACAGCGUUUGCGGGAGGAGCGGAUACGGCUUUCUCCGCUUUACAAUUCUUCUUCCUCGCAAUGGCAAUGUACCCUGAAGUGCAACAGAAGGCUCAAUCCGAAAUCAACAAAGCUGUUGGUCCGAGCCGUCUUCCGCAAGCCCAGGACCGUGCUUCUUUGCCGAUGCCUGGGAUGAGCCUGUGCUUGUCAGCACCGGGACAUGCAUCCUCGAAGGAUGACGAGUAUAACGGCUAUUUCAUCCCGAAAGGGACCAUUGUAAUUGGAAAUAGCUGGGCGCUUUUGCACGACGAUGCAGUCUUUCCGGAUCCUUUUGAGUUCAAACCUGACCGAUACCUAAAGGGCGGGCAGUUGGGUUCUGAUGCGAAAGGCCCAGAAGCAGCAUUCGGUUUUGGUCGUCGGUUCCUUAGUGAGAACUCACUUUAUGUCGUUAUAUCCUCUGUCUUGGCAGUGUACGAUAUUCGACCGCCUGUGGACGAACAAGGUACUCCGAAGAGGCUCACAACAGAAGUCACGACUUCUCUCGUAUCGUGCCCUCUUCCUUUCGAGUGUAUCAUCAAGCCACGUCCACAGACAGCUGAAUCACUCGUCUACAAGUACUCUGAGGGCGAGAAAAAGGAGUACUAGA